GCGGACCCGCCCGCUCCGCCCGCCCGCGCCGCGCCGAGCCGCGCCGAGCCCAGCGGCCCGGGCUGGGCGCGACCCCGGCCAGCGGCGGCGCAGAGAGCGGGCGGAGGCGCGGGCUAUGCUGCGGCUGGCGCCCGCCGGGGCCCGAACCAUCGUGGACAUGUCGUACGCCCGCCACUUCCUGGACUUCCAGGGCUCCGCCAUCCCCCGAACCAUGCAGAAGCUGGCGGUGACCCGGCUGAGCCCCAGCUUCCGCGAGGCCGUCACCCUGCGCCGGGAUUGCCCGGUGCCGCUCCCCGGGGACGGAGACCUCCUCGUCCGGAACCGGUUUGUGGGCAUCAACGCCUCCGACAUCAACUACUCUGCAGGCCGCUACGACCCCUCCGUGCAGCCUCCCUUCGACGUGGGCUUCGAGGGCAUCGGCGAGGUGGUGGCCUUAGGCCUUUCGGCCAGCGCCAAGUACACGGUUGGCCAACCUGUGGCUUACAUGACGCCUGGCGCUUUCGCUGAGUACACAGUGGUGCCUGCCAGUGUUGCCGUAGCGGUGCCCUCGGUGAAGCCCGAGUACCUCACCCUGCUGGUGAGUGGCACCACCGCGUACAUCAGCCUGAAAGAGCUGGGAGCCCUGGCCCCAGGGAAGAAGGUGCUGGUGACGGCAGCCGCAGGGGGCACAGGCCAGUUUGCCGUGCAGCUUUCCAAGAAGGCCAAGUGCCACGUGGUGGGAACCUGCUCCUCGGCCGAGAAGGCUGCCUUCCUGAAGUCUCUGGGGUGCGACCGGCCCAUCAACUAUAACGCCGAGUCCGUGGCUGCUGUCCUCAAGCGGGAGUACCCUACAGGCGUCGACGUAGUCUACGAGUCUGUCGGGGGAGCCAUGUUUGACUUGGCCGUGGACGCCUUGACUACCAAGGGGCGCUUGAUAGUCAUUGGCUUCAUCUCUGGCUACCAGAGCCCUACUGGCCUGGCGCCCGUGAAGGCCGGGACGCUGCCCGCCAAGCUGCUGAGGAGGUCCGCCAGUGUCCAGGGCUUCUUCCUGAACCAUUACCUCUCCGAGUACCAGGCAGCCGUAGGCCACCUGCUCAAGAUGUGUGACAGCGGAGAGCUGCUUUGUGGGGUGGACCUCGGAGAGCAGGCCCCCGAGGGCAGGUUCACCGGGCUGGCGUCCGUGUUCCGCGCUGUCGAUUAUCUGUACACGGGGAGAAACACCGGGAAGAUCGUGGUGGAGCUGCCUCACUCGGUCGGCAGUAAGCUGUAAAAACAGAACAAUGGCAUCAAUCAGAGGACUUACGUGAGCUCUUCACGCUGCCGUUGGACUCAAAUCAAUUCAUUUGUGCUUGUUAAUGGAUAUAAUAUUUCUUAAACAAAAGCAAGGUGUUACUGAA